AUGACAUCAUCGAAACAUACCAUAACUAUAAAAUCUUCAUUUAUACCAUAUUCCUUAUUAUCAGGAACAUUUGCUUCAUUAGCAUCUGUAUUUGCAAAACUUUUCACGGAUACCAGAACUCUGAGUAUCGCACAAUAUCUUUGUGAUGUAUUUUCUGGUGGUAAAAAUGCAAAAUUUUGUAAAGAAAUUGAAGAAAGCGGAAAAGGAUGGGAAAACGCAAUCCUUGGAUAUGUUAUAUUUGGUGAAGCUUUGGCACUUCAGUGGUGGUUUGGCGCAGGAUUUAUUGUACUUGGCACAGUUUUAGUGAAUAGAUCUAGUGCCACU